UUCUGCGCAUGCUCUGUGAGCAAGUUAAUUGGUUCCGGGAAAAAUGCCGUUGCCGAUUCAGCCAGGAUUUUUACAGGUUGGCAUAGAGCCGAUGCAGGUUGAUGCUCAACCAGAAGAAAAUGACAAUGUGGAGGAGGAUCGAUAUGUGGUGGAGAAUACAACACUGGAUUUAGAACAGUAUGCAGCGCAGUACAGUGGUCUUGCCAAAUUGAACCGACUGCUGUUUAUUGCUGAUCACUGUCCAAUGCUGAGAGUGGAAGCUUUGAGGAUGGCCCUUACCUACGUUAUGAACACUUACAACACCAGUUUGUAUCAGCAGAUCCACCGCAAACUCCAAGAGGCUGUCACAUCGUCUUCCAGUCUUCCAGAUGCUGUUGCGGGAGCCAUUCACAAUGUCCCCAGCUUAGAUACACAAUGGAUAGAAACCACAUCAAAGAAAGCGGCCCUUAAACUGGAGAAACUGGACACAGACCUCAAAAACUACAAAAGUAACUCCAUAAAAGAGAGCAUAAGACGAGGACAUGAUGAUUUGGGAGAUCAUUAUUUGGAUUAUGGAGACCUCAGCAAUGCAUUGAAGUGCUACUCAAGGGCACGGGAUUACUGCACAAGUCCUAAACAUGUUGUCAACAUGUGUCUGAAUGUUAUAAAGGUUAGUGUGUAUCUACAAAACUGGUCACAUGUUCAGAGCUAUGUCAACAAAGCAGAGAGCACACCAGAAAUGACUGAGCAACAUAGUAAAGAUGCAGGACAGACCGUGCUGACCAAAUUAAAAUGUGCUGCAGGGUUAGCAGAUUUAGCUACAAAGAAGUACAAAUCGGCCGCCAAAUAUUUCCUACAAGCCAACUUUGACUACUGUGACUUUCCAGAACUCUUGUCCCCUUGCAAUGUUGCUACCUACGGUGCUUUGUGUGCUCUGGCAUCAUUUGACAGACAAGAAUUGCAGAAAAAUGUUAUAUCUAGCAGCUCAUUUAAAUUAUUCCUAGAAUUAGAACCUCAGCUUCGAGACAUAAUUCACAAGUUUUAUGAAUCAAAGUAUGCAUCGUGUUUGAAACUCUUAGGAGAAAUUAAGGAUAAUCUUCUACUAGAUAUGUAUUUAGCACCACAUGUUAAUGUCCUGUAUACACAAAUUAGGAAUAGAGCUUUAUGUCAGUAUUUUAGUCCGUACUUAUCAGCUGACAUGAGGAAAAUGGCUGAGGCUUUCAACACGACUGUCCCAGCUUUGGAGGAUGAGAUCAUGCAGCUGAUUCUGGAUGGUCAAGUCAAUGCACGAAUUGAUUCCCACAACAAGAUUUUAUAUGCAAAGGACACGGAUCAGAGAAGCUCCACUUUUGAGAAAUCUUUUGCCAUGGGAAAGGAGUAUCAACGACGCACAAAGGCUCUGAUAUUGAGGUCUGCCAUGCUUCGGAAUCAAAUUCAUGUCAAAAGUCCACCUCGAGAUGGGGGUCAGGGAGGGGAAAUGUCCAUAGCUCCAGGGACAGUGUCGUCCGCCAGGAACUGACCGUACAGUUGUCGGUGUUGAUUUCUGUGAUAAAGACUGAAUCUGUGGUGGCUCGGUGGGCCAGAGUUGGACUUUAAAGCCUGCAUGUAGUGCUUACUACGUCUUCGUUCUCAUCAGGAGUUACUGGCGAGGCAGACAUUGUUAUUUCAGAUCAAUCAGUGCUUGUUCAUUUCCCCUCAAAAGAACUCUCGUUUGGAAUAGCUCCAUUUUCUCUGUUUAUUCGUUUAAAAUUGUUUUUAGUUAUGAAGAAAAACAAAAAACUAUUUUGAAUGAUUGGAAAUUGAAUUCUUGUAUAAGACUGUAUGACGCUUUGAGGGACAUUUAUGAUUGGUUCCAGUGAUUGGGAAAUGUAAACAUUUCUAAAAUCCUCAGCAGUGUAUCCAAAUGCAAUGCGAAAUAUUAAGUGGUUGUGUAAGAUCACAAUAAUUCCAGUUUAUGCAUUACACAGUAUGAAUUUUAUUAAAGAUUCAGUUUGCUUAUGGUAAACUGUGAUUAACAAGGAAA